AGUCGCCGUUGGGUGGGUUGAAAUUCUUCACCACGGAGUCUGGCUGGGCUCGGAGCCACGCACUGAAAACACAGAUAGGGGGGAAAUCACUAGUUGUCUAGUUGGCAAAUUAAGAAGUUAUCUUCGGGGAACUUGGAAGGCUCAAAACAAAAAACCCCACCAUGACUUCGACGAACAUGUUCCAGGGCUUGGACUCCGCUUCCAAACCCAGCUCGAGGGUGUUGCGGCCUCCCGGCGGCGGCUCCAGUAACCUGUUCGGCGGCUACGAAGAUGACGCCGGAGCAUCGAGGAGACCCAACAAGAUGGCCUCUAAAGUGUUCGCUCCGCCAGAGGAGCCUCAGACUUUACCGAAGCGCUCCAAUCCUCCAGGUGGGAAGAGCAGCGGGAUAUUUGGUGAACCUGAAGCUCCAGCUCAGCCCCAGAGACCUGUACCUCCAGGCGGACCGACCAGCAACAUAUUCGGGGCUGCAGAUAUCGCGCCCGUCCAGAGCCCGAGCCGAAGCCACCCCAAUAAGCCAAAGACUGAGACGUCUUUUCAUUCUUUACAGGACAAUCUGAGCGUCGGACCUGAACCCGAAUCACCAGCACCUGAAGCCAAAGUCGUCCAACCAGAGGCGAAGGUAGAAACCGCCCCCCCUGCCCAGGCUCCGGCCCCGACUCCGGUUCCUGCCCCGGCUCCUGCCCCGGCCAAGGAAGAGCCCACUGCUUCUGCCCCAGCCCCCCCAGAGCCCGAAGCCUCCUCCUCUCCUCCUUCCUCCUCCUCCUCCCCUCCUCCUGACGACGCUUCGCUGAAGAACCACGAGCCUCAUCUGGGACCCAAGCCUCGCUCUCACAACAGGGUCCUGAACCCCCCCGGAGGGAAGUCCAGCGUGGUAUUCUACUGAACAGCCGAGCACAGCACCACCACCACCACCACCACCACUCCUCUCACUCCAUCCUCUCCUCCUUUCUCAUUCCUACACCUCAACAUCUAAACCAGGAUUCAUUUGAUUGUUUUUUUUUUUUUGGAUCACAUCAGAUUUCUGUUCUAAUGUUUCCUUGCACUUUCAGCCUCUACGCUCUCAAUCAAUCAAUCAAUCAAUCAGUCGAUCAAUCUCUCAACAAACACGUCGACCGACCAGCUCUCUCUCUGUUCCCCGUAAACGGUUCAAUCUCAAGCGGUUUGUGUUUUAAACGUGUUAGUAGUUGUGCUGAAGUCACAGUUCCUUCAUCUCAAGGUGUUUUCCUGCUUUAAACGGACCUCGAUUCACGCGGUUUAAGAGUAAAUGUUCAGGGUGGAGGUUUUUCAGGAGGAGGGAGGGAGGGAGCGGAUCUUCUCAAACGUUUCAGCCAUCAUCCUUUUUUUUUUUGUUUGUUAAAAUUUGUGUGGCUAAAAUAUUACAGAAGAGGCCUUAAAUCAGCUUCAUCGUCGUUACUAAUUAUUCCUCGAUCGAUGUUAACAAUCUGCCAAAAAAUUGAACCGAUUCCCAAAAAAAAAAAUCUUCCUCGAAGAAAUUCCAUUUAGAUUUUAUGCGAAUGUAUUGUGCAGGUACUUUUUCUGCUUUUUGUCCUCGUUGCUCGCUUACAUCCGAGAACAUGCCUUCUGUUGGUUUCUUUUUGCUUGGGGUAGGUCCCAGUUUAUGUUUUAAAUUAAAACGGCUGAAGACAAAGAACUCUGGACGAGCGCGUGGCCUACCUGAGUCCAGGUGGGCUUAUUGAUAAUCACCUUCUCAACCACAACGUGACGCACACUCAUGGUAAAUCCUGUAUCGACGUGCCUGGCGGGCGAGGGAGGGGGGAGGGAAGGGGGAGGGAGGGAGGGCAGCAGCAGAAGAAGAAGAAGAAGAAACCCUGUGUAUUGCAAUAAAACUGUUGUUUUGCAUUUACAGUUUGUUCAUUUUAUUCCAAAAAAAAAAAAAAAGUGACUCGGCUUAAAUCAGGAAUUGGAAGUGAAACCCAGAACUUUACAGAAACUAGAACGGAUCUUUGGCAGCGUCUGCUCUCGUAUGUGCAGAAAAACAGUCAAUAAAAAGUGUUUUUUCCUCGUCAUCACCUCAAUAGCUCUUUUUAUAAAAAGCUGCAAAACUAGGACACGAGAAGCAAAUGUUUCACAGGGAUCAAUGAUUUAUUAGUUUGAGGUGAAGUCAUUUUCGACGUUUCUGCAUAAAAAUAACUCAAAAACAGCAGAAUUGUUUUCACAGAAAGAACCCGAUUAAACGCGUGAACCUGAAAUAUUA